CCCGCCUUCCUUUUGUCCCUUAGUUCGAUUGCGCGCGGGUUGUGUGUGACGUCACCCCGGGCCCGGAAGUGGAACUCUAGAAAUUCGCCUCUCGUCUGUGGAGCUGAGGGGAAAGGAAAGGGCGGGAAAAAGGGGGAAGGCAAAGCAAGCAAGCGAGGGCGGGACAACCCUCCCUCCCCCCCAUUACAAAACAGUGAGGCGAGAAGCGGCGGCGCGUCUCCCGCUCAUCCUCCCAAGAUUGAUGCAUGUUCCCUCCAUUAUUUUAAUCUGGCUGAGAAUUUGGAUAAGCAUGGCACAGCUUCAACAGGGAGGUCCUGAUGAAAAAGAGAAGACUACAGCAUUAAAGGGUACAAAUUAAUUUGGAACUUCUCCAUAGGCACUCCGUAGACUUUGCUCUGAUGAACUAUAAUUGUGUGAUUAGUGAAACAGAUUUGUUGUCUAGAAUAGACUUGGAUGAACUGAUGAAAAAAGAUGAGCCACCUCUUGAGUUUCCUGAUACACUUGAAGGAUUUGAAUAUGCUUUUAAUGAAAAGGGACAGUUAAGACAUAUAAAAACGGGAGAGCCAUUUGUUUUUAACUACCGUGAAGAUUUGCACAGAUGGAACCAAAAGCGCUAUGAAGCUCUUGGAGAGAUCAUCACCAAAUAUGUAUAUGAACUACUGGAAGAAGAAUGCCAUUUGAAAAAAGUAUACAUACCGGUGGAUGCCAUGGAAGGUGAACCCCGGAGUUUUAUCUUUAUGAGUGAGGAUGCAAUGACAAAUCCAGACAAACUGAUGGUUUUAAUUCACGGUAGCGGUGUUGUUCGAGCAGGACAGUGGGCAAGAAGGCUUAUUAUAAAUGAAGAUCUGGACAGUGGCACUCAGAUUCCAUACAUUAAAAGAGCUAUUGAGGAAGGCUAUGGAGUAAUAGUACUGAAUCCGAAUGAGAACUAUAUUGAGAUUGAAAAGACAAAAGCCCAAGUACAGCUGUCUCCUGAUAGCUCAGAUGAACCUGCAGAAAAGAGAGAGAGAAAAGAUAAAAUCCAAAAAGAUACAAAGAAGCGACGGGACUUCUAUGAGAAAUAUCGGAAUCCACAAAAAGAAAAGGAAACAGUGCAAUUGUAUAUUAGAGUAACCACGGAGCGCAACCCGAAAAGGCUUAACCUGAAGCGACUUCAACCCGAGGAAAAUGGCUCUCCUGAAGAACAUGCAAUUUACAUAUGGGACCACUUUAUCUCCCAAUCAGCAGCUGAAAAUGUUUUUUUUGUGGCUCACAGUUAUGGUGGACUUGCAUUUGUGGAAUUGAUGAUUCAACGAGAGGCAGAAGUAAAGAAUAAAGUUACUGCUGUGGCAUUGACGGACUCAGUUCACAACGUGUGGCAUCAAGAAGCUGGCAAAACUAUUCGAGAGUGGAUGCGAGAGAACUGCUGUAAUUGGGUGUCAAGUUCAGAUCCUCUAGAUACAUCAGUAGAGUCCAUGUUACCUGACUGUCCACGUGUCUCUGCAGGCACGGAGCGGCACGAGCUGACCUCGUGGAAGAGCUACGCGUCGAUCUUCCGCUUCUUCGGCGACGCCAUGGAGGCGAAGAGCAGCUCGGGCAAAGCGGCUCCGACGCGCCGCUCGCAGCGGAUCCGCUACGAGGAGCUGUAACCGGGCGGGAGGCGGGUGGGCGGGAGCCGGCGCCUGCUUGCCUGCCUGCCUUCCCGCCUGCGCGUCUGGGCGGCGGCGCUCGGCAGUCCCAGCCCCUCAUUAGAUUGUUUUCUUCCUAGAGCACAGGGUCGCCGUGUCUACAUCUAAGUAGCGUUUUGCAUUAUUUCUAGAUGAGUGCAACUGUCAAAGCAAUAUGGGUUCACUGGUUGUGCUUCCUGUGGGCUGCGGCGGGGAUUUCGGGCUGCCCAUCAGUGCGCAGAUUAAGGCUGACAGCAGCACCGCACCGCGCAGCCUGGUGCAGCUCUAAUUGCCCUGACAGAGCCCGGCACCGAGCUGAUGGCGGGCGGACGCGGCGCCUCCCGGGUCCUAGCGCCCGGCUCUCCCUCGCCCCUCCCCGCCGUCGGAGCUCGCAUUUAGUUCUCCUUGAUUUUAAUGGUGGACUUCAACUCUCGCUAACCAUGGUCCCGCCCACGCGUUAGGCUCUUUAAUGAUUUUCCGCAAACGCUUUGGACGGGGUUUUAAAAAAUAAUAAUAAAAUGUUUCCGUGCUUUUUAAAUUCAGGGGCCCUAAUAAACUGUAUUGACACAAUGGUAGCGAUCCUAAGCCCUGCACGUCUAUGAGACUUACGUGUCGCGUCAGUGUGUUUAGGAUGCGCGUGUAACUACAGCAAUGGCUCUUUUACUCUUUCUACUUUAGGCUGCGGAGAGGCUGUGCCACCCAAACUGAAACCAUACAUUUAAUCAGUGGGUGCUUUGUUUGGUGUUUAUUAAUGAGGAAGACUUGAGCGACUUCAGCAAAUCUGAACAUGGAAAGAGGACUUAAUUUUACUUCCAAAUGCGCCAAAACUACCGAGCGCUCUUUGCUUAUGUGGUUCCUAGGGAGUUUGCUGAGUCAUUUAAAAAACCCCUAAAAGGAUGUUUUAGCGACAAAUGUAGUAUAGAGCAAAUAAUACCAGUAUUUAAAAUGUUGCUUCUAAUACUUGGUUGAAACGUUUAUUUUUUAUUCUAACAGAAUUUCUAUUUUGUGACAAAUCAGAUAGCGAAGAACUUUUUUAAAGAUCCUGGACGCUCCCAGGACGCCGCCUCUCCGCCCUGGGCCUCCCGGUGCGAGGCCGGGGCAGCAGAGUUUUCCAUUCCUUCUGAAACAGGGUCCGCCUUUGCCGGGAGGGGCGAUUUCCCCCCUCCCUGCCGAAAGAUCUUUUUUCUCACUCAAUCUGUUGAACUCCUGAAGCCAGUUUCGAUUUACCUUCACCGUCUGGUGACACUGUGAAAUAUUAAUAGCAAAAAAGAAAGAAAGAAAAGAAGCAUGUAUUACUGACGUUGCUAAUCACUUUUGUUAUAAGCAAGAGGACGUCGUUUUUACAUUCCUUAAAUUCCUCAUAGCUUUCAAUGAGUCCUGACUCUUUAUAAUUCCACGCAGACCUAAAAGUCCAUCUGUUGUCACCGAGUGUUUCCAGUUACCAUGAUGCUCAGUAGGGUCUGCCUUCCACCCAACGCCGCAAAUUCACGGGCUUAUAAGCCCCAGACUCCUUGCCAGUGUGGCUAAAAGGAGUGGGGUCCCUAUGGGCCUCAUCUCCCACACCCCAAAGCUCUGCCCGACGCGGACUCCAAGCCUGGGGCGCCCUCUCCACCUUCUCUGCCAGGCCACGAGGCUCAGCUGACUGCCGGGAGUGGCUGCCCUGCGCGCGGCUUGCGCAGAGGGAUCCCCAGCGGACGGCGACCCGGCCUCUUCCAGAGCAGCAGCGCCUGGCUGGUGCUCGAGUAGGCGCGCCGGGGCACCAAGGAGCGUUUGAACUUUUCCUGGCCUCCCCUCUCAGAUGUUACCCGAGCGAAAGAGGGGGUCACAUUUCAUCUCAUGCAUGCAUUCAGUGGCUGGGCGAUUUCGUUAGAUACCACCACCAGCUCGUUUGAAAGGGAAGCUUUUGGGAUUUCAGAACAGACGUAUUGGCGCACGUCUUUGAAAGCGCUGCUGUUAAGAUUAUCCCAAAGGGCGCAAUUCGGGUUAAGGGGCCCUGUCGGUGCAAAGUGGAGAGAGAGAGAGAGAGAUGGGCUUUCCCUUCCAUCGGAAACCUGCCAGCGCCAUCUCUCUGGGGGCAGAUUCAAAGCCAGAGUCAAGUGGCUCCAAGUGUAGAGGUGAAGGUGGCCUGUCUCGGCGCGUCCGCUUCCUCGCCUGACCUCUUCUGCUCUGUGAAGGGGUGACCUUUCAGACUGGCAAGUUGCACACCUACCCUUCUGCGCAGGGAGAAUGAUCGAGCCAUAGCCGGGCAGGCUUGCGGCAGGAAUAGUCUCCUGAUCGCUCCCCUGGUGACCAUCUCCCCCACCUGAUGGUCCCGGUCUCCUGUUUCCCCUUUCUCUGGAACUGCUCCUCUCUUUCACCCGCCUGGGCUCACCUUAGCGUCAGCUUCAGGGUGGUAGACGGUCGACCUGGUCUUUUUUCUUAUCCAUGCUUUUUCUUUCCUUAGCUGUGAUCUUGUGGGCUUUUCCCACAGCAACCCUUAGACCUUACCCUGUCUUUUGUGAAAGCCUCUGGGGCUCUGCAAAGUGCCAAAUCUCACCAAAUGAGUUUUUUCCCUCCUCUCCAAAGUGUCACGAUUGAGGUUUCUCCUCCUUCCGGUGUGGUCCCACCAGCCCCUUGCUCUGCAUCUCGUGCCGUCGCCUGGGUUGUGUUCUCGCUGCUUCUGGACCCAACUGUAAAGCACACAGGGAGCUGUUAAAAGGGUUGUCUCUUUCUGUUUACACUGAACCAAUAAAAAAAUGGUUUCUCUUUUAA